UUGAGACUUUUUCUGCCUUUCCAAGCUGAGAGCAUCUAGACGAGAUGAAAAAGAAGGUGGGGAGAGCGAGAGAAGGAGAGUUGGAGUUUAGGAGGGCAGAACGAGAGAGAGAUUGAGACUGUCUGUUGGAAUGCGCUGAUACAUGGGAACAGCCUGCUUAUCUCCGUUUGUCCCCCUGUCAGUCAUCCCGAGGCGCACACGCAUACAACUUCGGAAUGCUGGAGGCUCCGUUUGGAAAGGUGGUGAUUAACCCCUUCCCCCUCGUUCCUCCUCGUCCUCCGUCUCUCCCGCCGUCUGGUUCUUCUACCUGCACUCGUCUGGACUCGUUCGGUGAGUAAAGACACAGAGGGACAGGAAGGAAGAGAGAUGAGAUAGAAGGAGGGAGAGUAAGACAGAGACGGUGCAAUUCGUUCUCUGCGGAAUACGGUGGAAAUCCAGGACACCUUUGGACACCUGUGGAACACAGCUUUGGAUAUUCUACUAGUGUGAUUUGAUUGGACAACUCAAAUGGAAUACCAAGUGAGUGACUGAUGAACUGACUUGAUUGGAAUCCCAGCAUUUCUACACUAUGUCUAAACCUUCACGACUUGCUCGCCCAUCCUCGGUGGGUCCUGGCUCCAAGCUCCCCUCGCCUCGUCGGGAUACACCUGCUGGCCGACCCAGAAUGCACGGCAUGGGGGAGAAAGUAAUGCAGACAGGAAGUGAGGGCAAUAUACCUGGCCAGAGGCCACCGAUCAAUGGAACGACACAUUCGCAAAGCCAGCAAAACACUAAUAUAAAGGAAGAGGAGGAGAUGGGCCAACCAAGGAGCAGAAUCAGUCCACCUAAAGGGUCUUCCACAACCAUAACCCAGCAACAAAUCACACAACCCAAACCUCUGAAGGGAAAUCUAAAGGUGACUUCCAGUGAAGACGCUGAGCACCUGGCCCGUAAACAUCAGGUUGUUUCCGCUAACAGCUCUGGUAGCCGCUGUGAGGCCAAAUCCAGCCGCGCAGGGGUCCCACGAAGACACACGGUGGGCGGAGCGCGCAGCUCACAGGAGAUCCUGGCCAUGCAGCCCUCAGAUAUGGAUAAAAAACGAGAGGCCUUUUUGGAACAUCUGAAGCAGAAGUACCCACACCACGCCUCUGCCAUCAUGGGCCAUCAGGAGAGACUCCGAGAACAGAGCCGAGGUUCUAAGCAGAGUGUGGCGUGUUCGAGUCCAGUGCCUGUGUUUGUGGAUCAGGUGGAGCACGACUCACUGGUCUCUCUAGAUGCUCUGGAGGUCAUGUCUGAGUGCGACAUGCCCAUCGCCUUCACCCGAGGCUCCCGGUCUCGAGCCAGUCUGCCCGUGGUCCGCUCUACCAACCAGACCAAGGAUCGCUCACUAGGGGUGUUGUAUCUGCAGUAUGGAGAUGACACAAAGCAGAUACGCAUGCCUAAUGAGAUAACAAGUGUAGAUACAAUCAGAGCUCUGUUCGUUAGUGCCUUCCCUCAUCAGCUCAACAUGAAGAUGCUGGAGUCGCCCAGCACCGCCAUCUAUGUGAAAGACGAGACCAGGAACGUGUACUACGAGCUCACUGAUGUUAGGAGCAUCACAGAUCACUCCUGCUUGAAAGUGUACCACAAAGAUCCAGCGCACGCCUUCAGUCAUGGAGCCCGGCCAAGCAAUGGAGACGCAAGGGUUCACAGGGAGAUGAUGUAUGCUGGACCGAGUGGUCAUCCUCUCCGGCAGCCCCCGAUGGGUCCUCCUCCACCCCAUAUGCAGGGCUCCAUGUCCCUUACCACACCUCAUGCGAUGCCCCCCUCCCCAUCCCGUAUCCCCUUCGGCCCACGCACCUCAGGCGGUGGGGUUGCCACGAUGCCACGUGAACGAGCAGGACACACACUCCCCGCCCCCGCUCGCGCAUCCUCCCCCUGCCCGAGCGCUAUCCUCGAGCGGCGCGACGUCAAACCUGACGAGGACGUAGAUGCAAAGAGCAUGUCGCUGCCCGCCCGAGCCGAAAGCCAUUAUGCUGACCCCUAUAUGUUACAUCACCAUGCCCCGCCCUCGGACACAGUAGACCACGCCUACCACCGUGCUACCAUGCGCUCUUACAGUAACCCCGGCGUUCCCAUAGAGCCCACGGACCAUCCUUCGCUCUUCCGACAGAAAAGCAGGAAGUACACAGAUAGCCAGCUACCCAUGCUAGGCUCCAAAACCCCGCCCCCUUCCCCACACCGGAUGGGCGAGAUGCGAGUGAUGGACAUUCACACAGUCCAACCGCAGAGUUCCAUGACUCUUGAAAGGGCAUCACCUAUCAGACAAUCAUUUAGGAAGGAGGCUCCUCUUGCUAUGGAUUCCAUGGUAAAUGCAAGGGGUGGCAUGGGGUCCCCGGCAACCCCUGAUCUUCAGGUUCACAAUCCUCUUGCCCCCUCAACAGACCCUCAGACACGAGAGAGAAUGAAGGCCAUGGAGGAGCAAAUAGCCAGUCUGACUGGUCUUGUGCAGCAUGCUCUCUUAAAGAGCCACAGCACUAACAGCAACCAGGAACACCCCAGUGAGAAACCAGUAAAGUCCGGAUCACCGGCUCACAGCACAUCUAGCACAGCAACAGAUUGUAAUCCAGUGGCUGUUGUGCAUCCCAAAAAUCCGAUCUUCUCCCACUCAUCUGUCACUCAGAAUUGCAGAACUGCCACAUGUUUCUCACUGUUUCCACACAUACACGCUGACAAGAACACA